GAAAUAACGCUAGUAAACUGCCUACUCGCUACCGUCUGGUCAGGCUAUCCGACUUAUUGAUCACUAGUGAAUUCACGUGCUGUCGGACAGGUACGAGUAAGGUGCGAUGAGUUCGCUGUUGCUAUCGAUCCUAUGUAUUAUCUGCUGGGUGGAGGUGACCGUUGCGGUACCUGCGGUAGGACUACCUGCCACGAGAGAGUUCUAUAUCGCCGCGGUUGAGAUCGGUUGGGACUAUGUUUACUGGGGCAGUGGUGACCUCGCGUCAGAACCAAGGAGGAGGUCCCAGGAUCCGCCUCAGAAAUACAUCAAAGCUGUUUAUAGAGAAUACACCGAUUCAACCUAUUCAGUCCCCAAGCCUAGACCAGCAUGGGCAGGUAUCCAGGGUCCCGUAAUCCAUGCCCAGGCCAGUGACAGAGUUGUAAUCCAUUUUAAAAACCUAGCCUCCAAGCCUUACAGUAUCAGCCCUGUGGGGGUCAGCUACUGGAAACAGUCUGAAGGGGCUGGAUAUGAUGACUUCACGUCGACCCAGGAGAAGGAGGAUGAUGCAGUCGCUCCAGGAGGAUACUAUAAAUACAUCUGGGACAUCAACCCUAAAGACGGUCCGUCCGUGGGCGAUCCAGAAUGCCUCACGUACUCCUACUCCUCCCAAGUGGAACCCGUACAGGAUUUCAACUCUGGACUCAUCGGGCCUCUGCUCAUCUGCAAAUCAACUGCAUUCAUGGAUACGGGAGUUCGGAGGAGCACAGAGUUCAUUCUGCUUUUUGCGGUUUUUGAUGAGAGCAUGAGCGGGUAUGGAGAGUUAGGCAGUUUCCGGGAAAGACUUAAGAAGUCCAGUGCAAAGAAGCAAUACCACACUAUCAAUGGAUAUGUCAACUUAACUUUACCAGGUCUGGCAAUGUGCCAAAGACAAGAUCCUGUCUUCUGGCACCUCAUUGGAAUGGGUACAGCGCCAGAGAUCCACUCCAUACAGUUCCAACAUCAUACUCUAGAGGUAAUGUCCCACCGUAAGGUUACCAUAGAGAUGACCCCUAUGACCUUUACCACUGCCAAGAUGAAACCUAGGGCCCAGGGGAGGUUCCUCAUCAGCUGUCUGAUCCACAGCCAUCGAAACGGGGGUAUGAGUGCCAUCUUUGAAGUGCAGGACUGUCCCGAGCCUGUGACCGUGCCCAAACCUGAUGUGCGUCAUGUCCAGCAGUCUGAGUUCGACGAGGACUAUGGAGAGGAACUAUUUGACACCAUAGUGUUCACACCCGAGAAAGCUACUGGGCGUUCCCGAGGAGGGAAGAACAAAGUCUGGGUCCACUUCAUCGCUGCUGAAGAGAUCACCUGGGACUACACACCUCACAUCACCCAGGAAGACAGAGAACUAUCUCAUGAAUACGUCCCCAGGAGUCCCUAUCAGCUGGGGCAUGAGUACAAAAAGGUGGUGUUUGUAGAGUACACUGACAAGACCUUUACCAAGAAGAAAUCACCCACAAAGAAAUUGAUGGGACCACUGCUCAGAGGACAGGUGGAUGAAGAGUUCCAGAUUGUGUUCAAGAACUUGGCGAGCCGUCCGUUCAACAUAUAUCCAAACGGCCUUACCCAGGUUUUUCCAUUGAAGAAAACGGGGAACGUGGGUGAGAAUGACCUUCGCAAGCUGGCUGUAUCCCCUAACGGGACAUAUGGGUACAUAUGGAAGAUAACAGCAGAGGACGGGCCUCUGGGAGAUGACCCACAGUGUCUGACUCGUUUGUACCAGAGCACCAUCAACCCAGAAAGAGACCUGGCCGCAGGCCUUGUAGGUCCCCUUCUCAUCUGCAAGAAGGACUCCAUGGACACCAGAGGAAGGCUGGUGGGUUCGGAUAAAGUGAAGCAGUUGAUGUUUGCUGUGUUUGAUGAGAACAAGAGUUGGUACAUCAAUGACAAUAUUCAAAAGUACAGCAAAGACCCCUCCAUGAUCAACCCUAAUAAUCCUGACUUCUACAACUCUAAUGUCAUCCAUAACGUGAAUGGGAUAAUGUUUAACAAUCGAAAGUUCGAAGUAUGUAAGGACGACGUGACCUUUUGGCACCUGGCCAAUGUGGGGACACAGAGCAACUUCCUGUCAGUGUACUUUACAGGAAAUUCCUUCCGGAGAGACAACGUGUACGAGUCUGUCCUCACACUCUUCCCCAUGUCUGGGGAGACCGUAACAAUGGAGACAGAGAUAAUCGGCGAUUGGGAGAUCAGUGCGUUCGACCACAGUCUCAAGAGUCACGGCUUGAGCGUCCACUACUCUGUCACGUCCUGCAGCAUGGACCUGCUGGUGGAUAAUGAUGACUUAAACUACGGCCAGGAUGAUAUUCUGCCUGACUAUGGGAACCAGUACUUCAACCCCAGAUCCUUCCAUCCCCAGCCUCAGAAAAGGACCAUCGCUGUCCGAGUUUGCAGGAAGCAGCCUGGCUUGAACCAGAACACAACCGCACCUAAUACAGGAAAUGGCACGGAUAACGAAGUCGUCAUCGGAGUAUCAGGGGACCAGGGGUCUGAUAACGAUGUCACGACUGAGGCAGAUGGCCAGGGGUUGAUCUGCGAGGUCAGGUAUGUGCCCGUGUCAUCAAGUGAAGAAGAAGGCAACCUGCUCUCCCAGGGAGGGAUCCCAACAGAAGUCCUAGAGCAGCUUGAAAAGUCUGGGGAGUGGAAGAUUUCAGAGACCCUGGAGGUAGGGCAGAUGGGUGGGCAGCUGAGGGGCAGGAGAAAGGGACGCCAGGCUGGGUCUAAGGGAGGAGAGAAUGGGGAGAGCAACCAGCUGGUGGAGAACUGUGAUGAGGAGGUGCUGAAGGAGUGGAAUGGUCGGGUGUACGGGGAGGUCCUGGAGCAGGAGCAGCUAGAAGAACAUGUGGGGGCGAUGUUGGAUCAGCUGGAGGGGAAAGAGGAACUCGUUGAGGGCUUCUUGAAGGUGAAUAUGCAGAAGGAGAAACAAAAGAUGGAGACACUUGAUCGUCCACCUGUGCAUCUCCCAAGCAACAACACUCACACUGAUCCAAACACAACUCUACCAGAUCCUUUGGAGCGAGGUCUCACCAAUGUAUCCGUUAAGAACAACACAGGUCUCAUAAACGCUGUGUCUCUGGAGUAUGAUGACUACAGUGAUGAGGGCAACACGACAGGGUAUAUUUCUACAGAGGAAAACCCGGACGUUAGGACAACAGAUGGUCAUUAUCGCAGCUACUACAUCGCGGCCGAGGAGAUCACAUGGGACUACGGGGUCAGGAAACCACACCAGCUCAUUAAACCAAGUGAGAGACGUCGAGGGAUGAAGAAGUUUCUCUCGGAGUAUAAGAAGGUGGUGUACAGGGCCUACAGGGAGACAGACUUCCAGACCCCUGUCACCAGAGGAGAGAUGCAAGAACAUCUGGGACUCAUGGGUCCUAUCAUCAAAGCUGAAGUCAACGACCUCCUCACUGUGACCUUCAAGAACAUGGCAUCCAGGCCGUACUCGCUGCACCUCCAUGGGGUGUAUGACAGGAGCCAGGGUGGUGGUCAGGUCCAGGGGAGGUCGUCAGGGGUCCCUGGGGAGGCAGUCCAGCCUGGGGAGGUGAAGGUCUACACCUGGAGGAUCAGCAGGAAACAGGGUCCCACCACUGAAGAGUUCGCCUGUAAGACUGGGGCCUACUACUCUACACUAAAUAAGGAAAAGGAUGUCCACUCCGGUCUGAUUGGCCCCAUAGUAAUCUGUAAGCCAGGCACCCUACACCCGUUACUGAAUAUACAGCCCAACAUACAGGAGUACGCCCUCCUUUUCCACACCUUCGACGAGACCAAAAGCUGGUACCUGGAGGAAAACAUCCGUCGGUACUGUACCCCACCUUGCCAGGCUCGGAGGGAUGACCCCUGGUUUCAGCUCAGCAACAAGUUUCCAGCAAUAAACGGCUAUGUGGCAGAGACACUCCCUGGCCUGAUGGUUGCCCAGUAUGUGACAGUGAGGUGGCACCUUCUGAACGUGGGGCGUGACGGGGAGUACCACGCCGUCCACUUCCACGGUCUGCCGUUCAACAUUCAGAAGGAGCAGGAGCACCGCAUGGGGGUGUACAACCUCUAUCCUGGUGUGUUUGGCACAGUGGAGAUGAUUCCUACCAUGGUGGGGACCUGGAUGGUGGAGUGUUCUGUUGGAGAGCACCAAGUGGCAGGCAUGAGGGCUAAACUUCUAAUCUACAACCCGAGAUGCCUCCAGCCUCUGGGUUUGAAGUCGAAGAGGAUAGACGAUUCCCAGAUAACGGCAUCAGACCACAUAGGUAACUGGGAGCCCAGGCUGGCAAGACUGGGGCUGUCUGGUUCUGUCAACGCCUGGAUGGGAAGGGAUGAGAGAUCAUGGAUCCAGGUGGACCUCCAGAGACCGACCUUGCUCCAUGGAAUUCAAACCCAGGGUGCCAGAGCCUCUCUGGGUCUAAAGGAUUACUUCAUCACACACUUCACCCUCUCCUACAGCCUAGACAAGGAGACAUGGAUUGACUAUAGAGGGAACAGCACCAAGGCAGCCUAUAUCUUUAACGGGAACAUGGAUGGCUCCAAGGAGAAGGAGAACCGCCUGUCACCCCCCUUCCUGGGCCGUUACAUUCGACUGCAGCCUAUAAACAUCCAGAGGAACCCAGCUCUACGCAUGGAGCUGCUUGGCUGUGACCUCAACAGCUGUUCCUUUCCAUUGGGUCUCCAGAAGAGAUUGGUCCCAGACAGUAGCUUCAGUGCCUCCUCCUUCCUGAACACCUGGAGGCUGUCCUGGUUCCCUUCUCUGGCACGACUCCAUCAGGAUGGGAGCGCCAAUGCAUGGCGCCCCAAGACCAACAACCCACACGAGUGGCUGCAGGUUGACUUCCUGGAAGUGAAGCGCAUCACAGGGGUCGUGACCCAAGGCGCAUGGUCAUUGCUUACUCAGAUGAUGGUGACAGAGUUCUCUGUGACCGUUAGUGACAAUGGCCAUUCCUGGUCCAGUGUGCUUGACGAGGGAUCGAACAGAGAGGAGGUCUUCAUGGGGAACAAUGAGCCAGAUGAGGAGAUGCUGAACUUCUUCGACCCCCCUCUGUUUGCCCGCUUCAUCCGGAUCCACCCAAGGGGCUGGGUCAACGACGUUGCCCUGCGCUUGGAGUUUCUGGGCUGUGAAACACAGCAGCGGCUCUGAGGCACGGGAAGACGCCACGGGGCCCACCCUCCGAGGAGCACACAGGGAACGUUCAGCGGAAUCGAAUUGACAUGAGGUUCUUGAAAUAGGCAUGUCACUGACGAAGGAACAAAGGAACCGAUUGAAUGUAGUUGAAAGGAUUAGUAAGGAGUCAUAUACUGGGUUAUUUAAAUUCUAUACUGUCUGCGUCUCUUGAUAAGUUAUACUGUAUUAUUUAUAUGAUAUAGAGUUUAAGUGUCUAUUGAUAAGUUACAUACUGUAUUAUUUAUAUGAUAUAUGCUCUUGGUGUCUGUUGACCGACUUCAGCUGAGAAUGGUUGUUAGGCGUGACGUCUCGACCACUAAACACGUCAGUCAGUUCAUCAACAUUGAAACUUCUAGUCGGUCUGUCCUCUGUAUGCAUUCCUAAUUCUAGUGCUCUGUUUCAACCUGCCUCAUUGUCCCGAUCUGAUCUUGUCUGUUUUACACAUAUAAGCUCUGAUGACGAACAAAUGGCAAUUUGUCUUUCAUCUUCUAAUUUAAAAACAAAUGAGAAAGCAUGUUAGAACUAAGUGUAAAAAGGGCUUAACAUUGCUAACACUUCUGUGAGGGACUACAUGUAAAUACUACACCAGAAGUAUUAUAUUUUGUCUGAAUGGAUGGAUAAAUUGAUGACUGUAUACAGUACAGCACUGUAUGUAUAUGCAAUGUGUCAUUAUGCACUGAGGGGUGAGGGAUAGAGUUUAUAUUGUUUAAUAAAUAUGGGUUAUAUAAA